AUGAAUAGCAACUACGAGGAAAUCUUCGUUGGCGCGAUCGACCAGGGAACAACCAGCUCCCGCUUCCUGAUCUUCAACCGGUCGGGGGAGCUUGUUGCUUCGCAUCAAGUGGAAUUCACGCAAUACUUCCCAAACUCUGGCUGGCACGAGCAUGAUCCCCUGGAGAUUGUUAGCAGCGUUGACGUCUGCAUUGAAGAGGCCGUCAAGUCUUUCGAGUCCCAAGGAUAUAACCGCUCACAGAUCCGAGCGGUCGGCAUCACGAACCAGCGCGAAACAACUGUGGUGUGGGAUCGGGAGACCGGAAAACCGCUCUACAAUGCUAUCGUCUGGACCGAUACACGAGCCCAGGCGCUAGUCCGUGAGCUCAAGACACGCCCUGGGGCCGACAACCUUCAGCAAAUCUGUGGGCUGCCAUUGUCAACGUAUCCCAGUUCGGCGAAGCUGUUGUGGAUGCUGGAGAAUGUCCCCGACGUCAAGGCCGCAUACGACGAGGGAAAGUUGGCAUUCGGUACUGUGGAUACCUGGCUGGUAUACCAGCUGAACGGAGGGCCUGCCAAUGAUGUUUUCGUGACCGAUGCUACUAACGCUUCGCGAACCAUGUUCAUGAACAUCUCGACGCUGCGCUAUGAUGAUGCACUGCUAGACUUCUUUCAGUUGAACAGGGCCAAGGUGCACUUGCCAAAAAUUGUUGACAGCAUAGAUGCCAAGGCAUAUGGUACCCUGGCGUCCGGAGCCCUGGAGGGUUUCGUCAUUGCAGGCUGUCUGGGAGAUCAGUCGGCUGCGCUGGUUGGCCAGAAGGGGUUCUCGCCGGGCCUUGCUAAGAACACCUAUGGCACAGGCUGCUUCCUGCUGUACAACGUGGGCGACAAGCCUGUUAUCUCCAAGCAUGGACUUCUGGCCACAAUCGCAUACGUCUUCGACGGCAAACCAGUGUAUGCCUUGGAGGGUAGCAUCGCAGUCGCAGGGUCCGGGAUCAAAUUCCUCCAGAAUAACCUUAACCUCUUCAGCGAGGCGCGGGAGAUCAAUGACCUUGCCACUUCCGUGGAGGAUAAUGGAGGUGUCGUCUUCGUCACGGCGUUCAGUGGCCUCUUUGCUCCGUACUGGAUCGAUGACGCGAAGGGCACUAUGUUUGGCAUCACACUCAACACGAAGAAGGGCCAUAUCGCUCGAGCCACGCUUGAAGCAACUUGCUAUCAGACCAAAGCCAUUCUCGAUGCUAUGCAGCUCGACAGCGGUCAUGCUCUUGCCGAACUGGCUGUUGAUGGCGGCAUGUCCAACUCGGAUCUCUGCAUGCAGACCCAAGCCGAUACCAUUGGCAUUCCGGUAUACCGACCAAAGAUGCGUGAGACGACGGCACUUGGCGCAGCCAUUGCAGCGGGGUUGGCGACGGGCGUGUGGCGCAGUUUUGCCGAACUGCGCGACGUCAACCGUGCGGGCGGCACUGUCUUCGAGCCGUCAACCUCGGCUGCGGAUCGCGAGGCAAAGUUCGCAGCGUGGACGAAAGCAGUGGAAAAAUGCAGAGGCUGGGUGGACGUGCCCGGCAAGGCCAGGGGCGAGGCUGUGUCCAAGCCGGAGGCGCCGAAGUUUCGUCAGCGGAUUGACUCGGCGGUAAGCGACGGCAACAUUGAUCUGGACGGGAUGGACGAGGAGGACUUGCAGAUGGAGCUGAGGAAGAUUGAGAUCCUGCAGAGCCUCAAGCGUCUCCGGAGCACGCGGCGGAGCCAUUUGUAG